UAGCGGAGAUGUAAACUUCAUUUCUCCUUGAAAGCAUGCAUUUGCAUGCAAUAUGUACAACGCAAUAUGGCUACAACAAAAGUUAAGACUCGGGGGUUAUAAAUGAAAAAUAAUAUAAUUAAUAUAUUUAUUACAUAUUGAUGGUAUACAGCAUCCAAGGAUCCUGACAUAACAGCGGCAACAACGCCGCUGAUAAAUUACGGAAUCAUGGAGAAGUGGGUCAAAGAAAAAUUAUCCGAAUUAUUGAAUUUUUCGGACUUGGAUAUCUUAACCCAAUAUAUUUUGCACAUAGAAAAUGAAAGAGAUUUAGAUGACUAUCUUACGAGCUUAUUAGAUAAUGAAAAUCCAAAUCAUAGACAAUUUAUAACAGAAUUGAAAAAGAAACGUGCUUUAUUUAAUAAUCAAACUAGAUAUAAGAAAACAAAUGACGAUGAUGAUAUACCAAAAAAACAAUAUGAUAAGAAAAAGGGAAAAGGAAAAGGAAAGAAAAACAUUCAGGUGCAAGAGACUGUAAAACCUGAGGUAAAAUCUGAGAAAGUGGAAAAAAAGAAAACUAAAUUUGUUAAUUUAUUGUCACAUGGAAGUGUUCUUUUGAAAGGAAGACAUAAAUGUAACUGUGAAGCAACCAGACAUGCACUGAUUAAUAAUUGUCUUAAUUGUGGAAGAAUAGUGUGUGUACAAGAAGGUUCAGGGCCAUGUUUCUUUUGUGAAGAACUCGUUUGUUCUUCAAAGGAACAAGCAUUGCUUCAAAGCAAUACUAAACAGGGUGAUAAUUUGUAUAGUAAAUUGAUGGAUCAAAAACCAAGUAAAGAUUUUGAAAACUCUCUUAAACAUCGAGACAAACUUCUCGAAUUUGAUCGCAAUAGUGCCCGCCGUACUAAAGUGAUCGAUGACGAGUCAGAUUAUUAUCAUUCAAAUAGCACUUGGCUUUCUCACGAUGAGCGUAAAAAGUUACAAAAGCAAGAAGAGGAAGCACUAGUACGCAAACAUGCAUCACGUUUAGAUAGAAGAGUCAAAAUAGAUUUUAUGGGAAGAGUGGUAGUUGAUGAAGAUCAAUCCAUUAACUUGCAAUUGGAAGAUCUUGACGAAGCAGUGUCGUACGAUGACUUUGAAAAUUCAAAUAUUUGUCCAACAAUAGAAUUCGAUCGUCCAACGUUUGUCGAGAUGGGAAUAUCAAGCAGAAGAGAAAAUGAAGAUCAAACAUGGAAUAUGGAAGGCAGAAUACAGGAUAAAGAAUAUUUAGAAAUGUCUGACCAAGGCCUAUGUUUGAGCAUGCAUCAGCCUUAUGCAUCUUUGUUAGUAGCGGGAAUAAAAACGCACGAGGGUAGAAAUUGGUAUUCUUCACACAGAGGAAGAUUAUGGAUAGCAUCAGCUGCUAAAGUUCCUUCCUCUGAAGAUAUAUCCAAUAUGGAACAAGUCUACCGCGUAUUAAAAGAUGAAAAAAUUGAUUUUCCUGAAACCUAUCCCACAAGUUGUUUGCUAGGUUGUGUAACGGUGACUGAUGUUUUAUCUCAAAAAGAAUACAGAAAAUUAUAUCCAGAAGGAGAAAGCGAUAGUCCAUAUGUCUUUAUAUGUGAAAAUUGGUACAUGUUACCAAUACAAUUUCCUAUGAAAGGAAAACAUAAAAUUUAUAAAAUGGAUAAAAAGAUUCAUCAAGCUGCUUCCAAAUGCUUAGAAAAAGCCAUGAAAACUGCUAUUAACUAAUAUUUUUAUAUUAUUCUCGUAUUAUUCUUUGUCAAAUAGGAUAAUUUUUCCCAUAUAUAUAAUUUUUUAUUUGCGUUAAUAAUUUAAAUAUACAUGCAUUCUAUUAAAAAUAAUUUUCUGAUUUUUACAAAAAUGAUUUUUCUCUCUGAUAAUGUAUCUAAGAAAAUUUUACAGAAAUAUAGCAUGCAUAUUACAUUAAAUUUGUUUUUUGUAUACAACAGAUCAUUAUUCAAUUUACAUAAACUACACAAUAGUAGGAUAUAAUCGUUUAUGCACGCUUUUCAUUGUUUAUUUGUCACACUUUCAUAUAUCAAUUUGUUGAUGAAAAAAUAUUACUACUAGAUUGAGAUAUCAACCUUUUAUAAAUGGUUUUAAAAAUUAUUUGUGCUAUAUUGCGCACGAGAUAGAGCAGGUAUCUGAAAUACGCAAUGUAAUUUAAGAAAAGUACGAGGAUUGUUGUACUAAAUUUUCAUUUUUCAAGUGCCAAUUAUUUUAUUAAUAUCUCUCAGUGCCUUGCCUAUAAACUUUAAUGUCGCCAUUAAAGUUUUAUAUUAUUUUGACGCAUUAAAUUAGGUUUAACCUGGCUAAAUCAGUGCAGUCGAUAAAAAAAUCUCGUCUACAUUACGCUAUUAAUUAAUAAAAAAAAUAGUUAAAGUACGUUAGCUCAAGCAUCGUUAAAGAUCUUUUUCUAUUGAGCAAAAUUCUCCGUUAUUUCUCGAAAUACUGUACCAGCUAUAAGCUAAUCGGUCACAUUUUGUGUAGUGUUGACAAACUUAUUAAAACAAUAUUUAGAACGUCUUACAUACAAAAUUAUAUACAUCCAACAAUCUAAAACAAUGUUAAAUAAAAUGAAACAAAUGUUGCAGAGAAACGUUAACAAAUGAUAUUUAAUAAGCAGAUUGUAGUUUGAGUUUUCGAGUUUUAAUGAUUUGAUGAACAAGGAAUGUAUGAAUAAAUAAAUAUGUUGUAAUUAU